AUGAUAAUCAAAAUGCAAUCCCCAGUCAGUUCUCCUGAAUUAAUGGAUCCGCGGUACAGCCAUCUACGGAUACCUGCUUCGUCAAGUCGCAUCUUAUACGACGUUCCCUGCAAAGUAUGUCGCGAUCACAGUUCCGGCAAGCAUUACGGCAUCUACGCGUGCGACGGUUGUGCUGGCUUCUUCAAACGCUCCAUUCGCCGCAAUCGCCAAUACGUGUGCAAGGCAAAAUCCGAAGGACACUGCGUCGUCGACAAAACCCACAGAAACCAAUGUCGCGCCUGUCGCCUCAAGAAAUGUUUCGACGUUGGCAUGAACAAAGAUGCUGUUCAACAUGAACGAGGUCCCCGCAAUUCGACACUUCGCAAACAAAUGGCAAUGUUCAUCUCGAAAGACACCCCACUUCGACACGAUUUGCUCAUUCCGCCAAACAUUCCGAUGCCGCCUCAUUCCAACAUGUCGCCGAUGAGCGGUUUGGACUUGACGAUCCCACGAAUGCAUCCUUUCCUUACGCCUCCUUACUUGCACGGCAGUUUUACGCAUCAAGCACCGCCAACGACACAUCCCUUACUCGCGGUUGAAGGAAUUCGCGAAUCGGCGGCGCAACUUCUUUUUAUGAACGUAAAUUUCCUGAAAAAUUUGACGCCCUUCACGCAACUCCCGAUGACCGAUCAACUUUUGCUGUUCGAGGAAUCGUGGCGUGAAUUUUUCAUCUUAGCUGUGUCGGAACACCUUGUGCCUGUUAAUUUCACACAACUGCUUUUUGCCUAUGAGCUGCUUAAUAACAACGGCGAAAAGACAAAAGUGACGGAAACGCUGCUCAAGGACAUCGAAGUGUUCCAAGAUAUCCUCAAUAAAAUCGGAAUGCUCCGGAUCGACAGCAACGAAUACGUUUAUCUUCGUGCAAUUACCUUGUAUAAGACAGAUUUUGAGGGAGAUGCCAGUAUCACGAGUACGAGUAGCGAUGGCAGUGACGCGAGUAAUCACAAUAGAUCCCUUCAAGAAAUCACGACGAUUCGCGCCUUGGAACAAAAUGCCAAAGACGCCCUUGCUGCCUACAUUUCGCGAUAUCAUCCCGACGAACCGGGUCGUUAUAAGAACCUUCUUGCCCUUUUGCCACAUCUGAGAUGUGUCUCGUGCUUCACGAUCGAGGAACUUUUCUUCCGACGCAAUAUUGGACACGUUCCCCUGCUGAAACUCCUGAUCGAUCUUUACACACAGCGGAAAUUAUGAUUAGUUAAAGUAUCUGUUAUCACCUAAA